CAGUGGGGGAUUACGACAGACACAGAGAGUGGGAGAAGACUGAGGGAUACCCCACAGAGACAUCUUUUGCAAGUUGUGAUGCUGAUUUCCAGAGAGUCUCUUCACACGCUUUCUCCUGGACAUUGACGGAUUUCAAGAGGGUUCUGUGCAAUAGCCUGGGAUCAUCUGGUGUGUGUGUGGUCAUGGAUGUUCCUGCACUAGUAUGUCUGGUGUUGCUUCUGGCAAGUGGAUGGUUUCCUGAAACGGAGGGCAGCCCUCAGGAGUUUGACAGCAGUGAUGAAGGUCCGGAAGUUGAAUUCCUGUCAACCACUCGCACACGAAGGGCCCCUGAGCCUCCUCCACAAGACAAGUGUUCCUACACGUUCAUCGUACCCCAGCAGAAGGUUACGGGAGCCAUCUGUGUGAACUCCAAGGAGCCCGAGGCCGUGCUGGAGAACCGCGUCAACAAGCAGGAGCUGGAACUCCUCAAUUCUGAACUGCAUAAGCAGAAGAGACAAAUUGAGACUCUGCAGCAGCUUGUGGAAGUCGAUGGUGGCAUCGUCAAUGAGGUGAAGCUUCUGCGCAAAGAAUCCCGUAAUAUGAAUUCCCGAGUGACACAGCUAUACAUGCAGCUGCUGCAUGAGAUCAUCCGCAAGAGGGACAAUGCACUAGAGUUGUCGCAAUUGGAAAACAAGAUCCUCAACCAGACCUCUGAGAUGCUGCAGCUUACUAAUCGCUAUAAAGACCUGGAGCAUAAGUAUCAGCACCUUGCUUCACUGGCCAAUAACCAGUCGGCACUCAUUGCCCUUCUUGAGGCACAGUGUCAGAGGGGACCACCGGUACCCAGGGUACCUGUCCAGCCUCAGCCACAGCCUCAGCCUCAACCCCAACCUCACCCACAACCGAGACCUUCACCACCCCUUAAUAAGCCCUUCCAGCCACCUACAUUUAACCGCAACAACCAGAUCACCAAUGAGAUCCAGAGUGAUCAGAACCUCAAAGUACCACCCGCACCUCCACCCACCAUGCCAGGGGGAACUCACAGCCCGUCCACCACAAACAAACCCUCAGGUCCCUGGAAGGAUUGUCUGGAGGCUCUGGAGGAUGGUCACACGAACAGUGGGAUGCACCUGGUAAAGCCGGAGAACACCAAUAAGCUGAUGCAGGUGUGGUGUGACCAGAGACAGGAUCCUGGUGGCUGGACGGUCAUCCAGAGGAGAAUGGAUGGCUCCGUCAACUUCUUUAGGAACUGGGAGACAUAUAAGCAAGGUUUUGGAAACAUUGAUGGAGAGUAUUGGCUAGGUCUGGAGAACAUAUACUGGAUAACCAACCAGGGGAACUAUAAACUGCUGGUGACGCUGGAGGACUGGUCUGGACGCAAGACAUUUGCAGAGUACGCAAGUUUCCGUCUGGAGCCCGAGGCCGACUUCUACAGGCUCAGGGUGGGCCGUUAUCAUGGAAAUGCCGGUGACUCUCUAACCUGGCACAAUGGGAAACAGUUCACCACUCUGGACCGCGAUCAUGAUGUAUAUACAGGGAACUGUGCCCACUAUCAAAAGGGAGGCUGGUGGUAUAACGCCUGUGCCCACUCUAAUCUGAAUGGUGUGUGGUACAGAGGAGGGCAUUACCGCAGUCGCUAUCAGGACGGCGUUUACUGGGCUGAAUUCAGAGGAGGUGCCUACUCUCUCAAGAAGGUUGUGAUGAUGAUUCGACCAAACCCCAACACCUUCCACUGAACAGGACACAGCGAAUGAACUAAAAACUGGCUUAAAAAGUGCAAUUUGAUUAAACUGUGGUUUGCUUCACACGUACAUACUAAGGUGUGAUAUGUGGCAAAAAGACAAACAGUCUCUUGAUUAAUGUAAAGAAACACCAAAUGAUCAGAGACUACAAAAGGAAGCUCUAUAUUUAAAGGGUUAGUUCAUCCAAAAAUAAAAAGUAUGUUAUUAAUUACUCACCCUCAUGUCAUGUUCAAUACCCUGAGACCUUUGUUAAUCUUCUGAACACAACUUAAGAUAUUUUAGAUGAAAUCCGAGAGUUGGCUAAUCCUCCAUAGACAGCAGUGGUCACAAGAAGUUCAGAAAAGGAACCAAUAACCUUGCAGGUUUCUUGAGUGGAUCAACUAUAAUCAUAUAAAGAUCCAUGUGAACACUUUUUUGUGCACCAAAAAAUAAAAAUAAAACUGUAAAAUAGUAAUAAUAAUUAUAAUAAAUAAAUAAAUAAAUAAAUACAUAAAUAAAUAAAUAAAUAAAUAAAUAAAUAAAUAAAUAAAUAAAAAACCUGCUUUUGUUGUUUGGUCAACGCAGUAACAAACCAGCAUUUCCAUGGUGCAAUGAAAUGAAUAGGUUUCAUAGUGCAGUGCUUUCCGUGUCCAAUGUGAAAGCCACUUCACAUCAAGCAAUGACUACAGCUGGAGGGAAAGUAUAACCAGUGCACUGAACACAAUGCAGAUAUCUCUUUGGCAGCCAAAAAUUUGGUGCAUCACUAGUUUUUAACAUUAUUUUUGGUGCACAAAUGUGUUCUUGUAGCUUCGUAUGACUACAGUUCAAGUCAGAUUAAAUGUUUUGGUUUAUGUUCUAUACUUUGAAUGUCUUGUUAUUGCCUAUGGAGUGCCAUAAAGCUCUCGGAUUUCUAACAUAUCUAACAUUCUAACUUUUCUUAAUUUGUUUUCUCAAUAUGAAUGAAGGUCUCUGGGUAUUAUAAAGACAUGAGGGUGAGUAAUUAAAAACAGAAUGUUCAUUUUUGAGUUACUACUCUUUAAGUGCUAAUUGCUUCAAAACAGAAAAUGAAGUGUCUAAUAGUUUUCCUAAUAAUUGACCAAAUGCAUGGAACGUUCUUAUGACAACUGGAAAAAAACUUCUGGUGAAAGGUUGAUGUGACCCUAUAUUCAAUGUCAUGAUGUUCCUUAAUAACCCUUAGCUUACAGUCAGUUAAUUAGACCUAAGCAUUCAUUUUAGUUGUUUAAGCAUUAAAAUAAAUGAAAAGACAUGUAAAUUUAGCAGCAUAAUGGCUAAUUAAUCAAAAUCCACAGUGACCAUGCAUCUGGUCAAUUGCUCUAGGAGGCAGUUCAAAAACAAAAAAUAUAUUUUGGACAUGAUGUGUAUUUUGUCUCUCUUGCACAGUAAUGUCAAAUAAGUUUGUUCAUCUUUAAUAUUCAGUGCAAUUGUGGAUCUGUUGUCUGUUGUUUUUGUGAUUUAUUUUGUCAAAUAGGCCUGAAAAUAACUCUGAUUAGUAAGCAAAAUAAGACACAGGACAUGCAAUCCAGUGAUAAGUAGCUUAUGCUUUCCUAGUUUACUCAUAGCUAAGAGAAGAUGUACUUCCUGAUGAAAUGAAUGACUCCUAAUUUAUUUCAGGGAUAUCAUUUUAAAAAAUUGGUAUAAAUCUUGUAGUUUAAAAGCAAGCAUAAUUAAACUUGAAAACACAUCUUAAAACAGUCACUGAUUGCUUCAUCUAAACUGUAUUUACUGUGUAAAUUAGCUGUUGGCGUCAAAUGAGGAUCCAACACACGUUUAUGUACAUAUAAAUGCAAUAUUGUUGAAAAUAAUGUGUCAUUUGUAAUAUACUGUAAGUGUAACGGAUUUCCCCAAGUACUGUUAAACUGUUGCAAUAAAAGAUGUACAGCUACAGGCUUUGUCUGUGGGUGUAUUGAACUCAA